AUGCAAAGAAAAAUCGAAAAUGGUUUUAAUGAACGUCAAACGAAAAAAAAUAAAUUUGAUGAUUCCGAAUUCCUCAAACAAGGUGAGGAGAUGAAAGAGAAUGUACAAAUGGCAGCAACAGAAGCACUAAAAAAAUCGUUUAAUAUCACAACCAUCAUAACCACUAACACUAUUGCUACUCAAUCUGCUAUUUCUACCACCAUUGCUACACCCACUAAAUCAAUAAAUACCAAUGCGUUAUCAAUGUGUAGUGAAGAUAAUGACGAUGUUGAAAUGACAGAUUCUGAUGCAUAG